CGUCCCUCUCUUCGUAGUCCAACAAACUCCCGGGUUUCAGAGAGAUGAUUGGAGAAGGGAAGGUGGUAUGUGUUACAGGUGCAUCGGGAUUCAUAGCUUCAUGGCUCGUCAAGCUCUUGCUUCAGCGUGGCUACACUGUUCAUGCUACUGUCCGAUCCCUUGAUGAUCCUAAAAAGACACAACACCUACUUGCUUUUGAUGGAGCUAAGGAAAGGCUUUCUUUGUUUGAAGCUAGCUUGCUUGAAGAAGGAUCUUUCGAGUCUGCUGUUAAUGGCUGUGAUUGUGUCUUCCAUACAGCGUCACCUAUUAUGUUUCCAGUUUCUGGCCAACAGGCUCAAGUGCUAGACCCUGCAGUGAAGGGGACACUUAAUGUUCUUAAAUCAGCUGCAAAAAUUCCAUCUCUCAAAAGAGUGGUCUUGACAUCUUCCAUAUCUGCAGUUCUAUUUGGUGCAAAACCUCCUGAGUUUGGUGCUGUGGCGGAUGAAACCUGGUUUUCAGAUCCUGAAACUUGUGAACAAAAAGAGUUAUGGUAUCCCCUUUCCAAGACACUGGCUGAGAAUGCUGCAGUAGAAUUUUGUAAAAAUAACGGUCUCGAGUUGGUGGUUAUAAAUCCGGGGUUUGUGAUUGGCCCUAUCUUACAACCAACUCUCAACAUCAGUUCUGAGAGCUUUAUUGGUUUAAUUGAAAAUGGAACAGAAUUUCUCCCAUAUGGAAUUUAUCAACUUGUUGAUGUGAGAGAUGUUGCUAAUGCUCAUAUUUUAGCAUUUGAGAACCCCCAAGCAAAUGGAAGAUACAUUAUGGCUGCAGAUGUAUAUCACUCUUCAGAUAUCAUGAAGAUCAUAAACCAAAACUAUCCCGCUUUUGACUAUUCUGAAAGGUAUAAAGACAGCAAGUAUGUUGGGACACCAAAUUACUUUGUAUCGAGAACAAAGGCAGAAAGUUUAGGCGUUAAGUUUACUACAGUUGAGGAAAGCAUCAAGGACACUGUUGAAAGCCUAAAAGAGAAUAAGUUCCUAAGCUUCUAAAACACCGAUGAUGUUUUCUAGAUUGUUUGAAGUUACCACAUGAACAUUGUAUUGCAUGGUGUCUACUGUUUUCAACCCUGUUAUAAAUAAAAAAAAUACAAUGAUCAUGUUACACAAAUUAUCAAAAAACGGAACCACAUGGUUUGUCACACUUGGAAACUACCUAAAUUAUGCAAAAUUCAAAAUACCACUGCCAAAUUUGCAGUUUAGGAGUGUUUAGAUGAUGCCUUAAAAUCUACAUCUUGAUAUGUAUAGCAUCAUACUCCUAUUUAUCAUGUUACUAGAGUCUAAAAAAAAGAAGAAGAAAACACUUGAUUUUACCUUGAGGGUAGAGUCAUUGCUACCACUCAAGAGAAGUGUACUGUCAGCAAACCAACUGCACCAAAGCCGUAUAGAAUUUGUGAGAAGCUAAACGGGGUAAAUAUCAUUAAAUUUAUAUUAGGCUAGGAGGAGUGGACUCGCCAUACACCCUCGCUACUGCUCGCUAUGGACACAGAACACCGCCCCCUAGCACUCGCUAGGGGACUCGCUAAGGAGAAGACGCUACGGAGGUAGCGAGAGGAGAGAGAAGCGGGAGCUUGGCUGUGAUUGGAGAAAGACGUAGGUGUAUAUCUGAUAUCGGUAGAGAGGGUGCGACGUGAUUUUCUACAAACCAGUUUGGACUGGUUCGUUUGUAUAGCAUGAUUAUGCCCUAAACAAUUCUUCUACCAGUCGAAGAUUGGCAACCCAUGGAAGACUGGCAACGAACAAUUCUGCAAUUAAGAGGAUGUAAGUAAUCCUUAGCCGGUUUGUUUUCUGCAAGGUUUAACCACUCGAGGGUGUUUGAAAGUCGUGGCCUAUUUAUCUCAAUUCUCUUUUUUCUGUUGCUCAUCAGUAUACGGGCUUUCAGAGGAGUUGUCGACCUUAAAAACAUUCAAAGAUGUUGCACACACCACCUGCUCGAUGAAAUGCCACAGUUCUUCAAACACAAAUACAAAAUCAUAGUUAGUAUAUCGAGUUCGUACCUUAAACAUGGUUGCAAGAGGGCUUCCUUUGGGUACCCUCCUUCUCUCCGAGUAGGAGAUCAAUAUUUUAACUAGUUAUUACCAUGUUUAUGACUUUAUCUUUUGUUAUGGUGCUUUUGAAAUGGCAAGUUGGUUUGAUAGUUUGUAGAACAAUGGCUACGUUAUGGUAUGUUUUAAGUAAUACAUAUGCUAUGGUCCAGGCUAGUUUUUUCAUUUCUUUGAGGAAGGGUAUUGUAGUAGCAUAAAGGCAUAAAAUUUAUCAAUUGAUGUUCAUGAUAUUCUUGGUCAGCUUGCUCCCAGUUUGGGGAUUUGGGAAUAUUGAGAAUAUAAAGUUUGGAACCAUGGUUUUGCACCCCAUUUUGACUUAUUUGAAACCAUGGUUUUGCAUGGUGUUGUACCACAGUAGAGCAGAUUUGUUUUGAAUCCUUAGAAGCACCAUAGUUUUGUAUCCCAUUUUGACUUAUUUGAAUUCGACAAAAAUUACAAUUUAUGUGUUAGAUGUUCAAUUUUUGCAACACGAUUGAUGGUUUCCGUUGAUUGUGAAACAGGGCUUUAAGCUCCCCUCGGGAUCUUGAUGGAGCAACCCUCCAGAUGAGACUCUCUUGUAGUCCAGCCAUCGAUUUGUUCUACCAAAUUACUGUUUUGCCCUUGCAUCGAUUUAUAUUAUAUUAAUUGUUUGUG